UAUGGUUUAAUUAUAAAUAAACAAGCAGAUAUUAAACAUAAAAGGCAAAAUUAUCUUCAUUUAGAUGAAAAGGAGCUUGUGGUAGUCUUUAUUCCCUAACACAACAAACUGUUUGCUUUUGGGGAAAAUGCUUUUACACUCAGACCACCAGGUUAACCAUAUCUGGCUUCAACAUCACCAAGUGGGAUGCACUGAAGUUACAUGGUCAGCUCAGGCAUAUUUCUAACAGUAUUUCUCAAGUGUUUGGGAAAUAACUGAAUGCAUUUGUUCAGUUCCCUGGUUUUACUGGAGAUGGGUCACAGCUGUGAUUACAAGCAGAUGUGCAUUAAGGAGAAACCUUUAGAGCUGUUGAGAGAAAGGGCACUCACUCCAGGCAUGUGCCACAAAUCAUUUAAAUUAAAAGUUAUUAAUCUUUAAUUUGAAAAGAUUAUCUUUUGAGUGUACAGCCAGAUAAAGUAGGUACAAUCUGUAAUAACAAUUUCAGUGAAAGGUAGAGGGGGGGAAAACUAUGAGAAAGCUAUCAUGUAAGAAAAGCACAUUAAAAAUUCCUUCCUCUCCUUGUAUACUCCUUUUCUCCAGUCAAAAGAUAUCUCUACUUACCAAGAAAUCAGAAAACUUUAAAUUGCAGCACAAUCCAACGAAGAAUAAGGUCUUCCUAUUUGUGUUCAGGGCCUCAGGAUGAGCUAAACUGACUAUAAAAAAGACUAUAUUGGUCUUUAAUUGUAUAUGGCCUCUGAGAGCACAGAUGUAGCUCAAACAAUGUGUCUGAGAUUGGGGCCUCACCUCUUCCAGAUUUCUUGAACUCCACUUCCCCUGCCAUCUUCCAACUCAGUCCAAGACACAUGGUCUCCCUCCAUCCUCUCUUUUUCUCUUGGAUUGAUCCAGGUGAUAGCUCCCGGGCAGGGAGAUAGACAGAUAGUAUCUGGAUGGAAACUAACAAUGAGAAAUCUGUACUGUUGUAUCCUCAACACCUCUCAUUAGGAUCAGAUCUGGGGAAGCUUCCCUCCGUUCCAGUGUUGCGCUGUCCGUUGUUUACGUGACUUCCCCAUGCAAUGGCGUACUGUGCCUGCUUUUAAAACAAACACUGAAAAAUAGUAAAGGGCCCGAUUCUGCCACCCUUACUCCUGUUGAGCCCUAUUUUGCUGUGCGAGUGGUCUCGCUGAAUGGGUCUAGCUCUAGCAGGAAUAAUUGGAGGGGGAGGCAGAUUCGGAUCCUGUCUCAAAGUGACCGUGCCUUGUCAAUAUAUCACUGUUCUUUCGGUUUCUGGCUCUUUGCUUUCUCCAGAGUAAAUGAUGCGUUAUAUUUUCUUCUACCCCUCCAUGACCGGGAAGGAAGUUUUCUUUACACCGGUUAAAUGACUUGGUUUCAGAGAUCCCGUGCUAAGUUUAGACAUGCAUGUAAAAGGAGGCUUUGGAAGAUGAAUGCUGUAAACAGAGAGACACAGUCUACUUCGAAGCCUAAUUCAGCAAACAAAGCCGUUGCGCUUACUGCUCGAAACCUUUGAUUUCGAUCAUAUCUACACAUACCGAUCUAUAUCCGAUGUAAAUGGGCUAACUGUUGAAAGUAGCUAGACAGAUGGGUAGCUGUCUCAGUGAUUCUAACUAACUGCAUAUCAGGGUACUGGCGGAUUGGCAGGGAGACUAGAAAUGUACCAUUCCCAGCGCUACGCGGUGAUUUGAAUUAAAGCUGAAGAAGAGAAACUUCAGGUCUAAGGAAUAACAACAGGCUGUUGGCAAACUGCCUUUGCGAGCGAUGCAGCAGCAGGUCCCCAGGGGAUUAGGUGGCGCGGUAUGCUGAGAAAGUAUCCCUCGUCCUCUCUUUUACAGUGAGCAUCUGUAACUUUUCAGUCUGCCGCCCCACAGGUGGUUUCCGGGCCAAUCCACUUCCACAGGACGCUGCUGCAGUUGUGUGUCUGAAAACACACACGGACCUAGCACGCACUUACUGGCGAGAAGAAGUUCUCUUGAUCGCGAAGCGGUAAUGUUCGCUGGGAACGGAGCGUGGCGCACGCAAACCAACCUCGCUGGCAAUGCACAAGUGAGGCGGGAGGGUGAACGCAGACAGUUGUGCAAAAUGCCACUCGGUCGCAGACUCGAAACCUUCGCUGCAAAAGGGCCGAAGUGUCAACAGUGAAACCAAAGCGCCAGGGAAGGCGCGCCUGGCUCUGUCAGCAAAAGCGCCUGGAGCCAGGGAUCAACCUGCGGGCUGUGUUCCCAGGGAGCGCCCUGCUUUGAGAGGCAGAUGCGACCGGGGCAAGCAGCCAUCCGGGCUGACUGCGAGCUCUGCCAGAAGCACCCGUGGCCGGGGCUGGGGAGUGAGGAGAGAGGGACGUCUGCAGGCUGCAGCGGAUCAAAGCGGAGGCUCCCCCGUCAACUGCGGCACCGGGAGAGACCGGGACUGGGGCUGCGAGAACCACCCUAGGGGACAGAGCAGCAGGAGCACCGGCACCACUGUCAGCCGUGUGUGUGUGUGUGUGUCCUGCUAGCAGCCCAUUGGCUGGGGGCUGCCUGAUGUCACGGCUGGGUGUUCCUAUAAGCUCCCCAACACAUAACGGACUCAGGACACUUGUAGACGAGACUCCCGGCAGGGCAGGAGCUGCCCAGGCUGCAGCUGCAGAAGUGGAGGGAGCAGGCUAAAGGGGGAACAAACAAAUGCAAAUCCCUGGCCACCAAACAGUCUGUCAACAGGUCUGACUGCAAGAGGCCCCCAGCCCGGCCAAGCCACCGCCGGCAUUUCUCGGGGGGCCAGCUUGGAUCUCCUGCAGCGCGCGUGUGACUGCUCCAGGGCACCAGCCAGGCGCACCGGGCACCGAGCGCAGGAGACAGCGGGCCUGUAAAGAGCGCGAGCGGAGCGCCGGCGCUGCGCACUGGGCAUCGGCCUGUCCCAGACUUGCCUGCGAAGAGCCCCGGCGCUGUGCGGCGGGGGAUCGGACGCGGGGCCGCCCGAGGCUUGCAUGUCAACGGGGAGCAGAGCGGAGAACGUGCGCUGCUGCGGGUAGGAAGCCAUGGGAUCGGUGAGUACCACCAGCCCGGGGCUUGCUGCGGUCAAUGUGAGCAGCAGCGAGGACACGGGCAGUUCCAGCCUGUCGCAAGACGUCUGGAUGGUGGGCAUGGGCAUCCUGAUGUCUGUGAUCGUGCUGGCCAUCGUCUUUGGCAACAUCCUGGUGAUCACCGCCAUCGCCAAGUUCCAGCGGCUGCAGACCGUCACCAACUACUUCAUCACUUCCCUGGCGUGCGCCGACCUGGUGAUGGGGCUGGCCGUGGUCCCCUUCGGAGCCAGCCACAUCAUGCUGAAGCAGUGGAAGUUUGGGAACUUCUGGUGCGAGUUCUGGACCUCCUUAGACGUGCUGUGUGUCACGGCCAGCAUCGAGACCCUCUGCGUCAUUGCCGUGGACAGGUAUUUCGCCAUCACCUCCCCCUUCAAGUAUCAGAGCCUGCUGACCAAGAGCAAAGCCAGGAUUGUCAUCCUCGUGGUCUGGGUUGUGUCUGUUUUGACCUCUUUCUUGCCAAUCCAGAUGCACUGGUACAGAGCAGAGGGCCCGGUAGCCGAAAAGUGUUACAAAGAUGAGAGUUGCUGUGACUUCUUCACCAACCAAGCCUAUGCCAUCGCUUCUUCCAUCAUCUCCUUCUACUUGCCUUUGGUGGUCAUGGUCUUCGUCUAUGCCAGGGUCUUCCAGGUAGCCAAGAAGCAGUUGAAGAAGAUAGACAAAUGUGAAAGGAGGUUUCAUAACCAGAACAACCACCAGCAGGAGCAGAACGGGAGAGCAAGUCACAAGAGAACCUCCAAGUUUUGUUUGAAGGAGCACAAAGCCCUGAAAACCUUGGGGAUCAUCAUGGGCACCUUCACUUUGUGCUGGCUGCCCUUCUUCAUAGUCAACAUCGUGCACGUGAUUCAGGACAACAUUAUCCCCACUUACCUGUACAUCCUCCUGAACUGGUUGGGAUACGUCAACUCCGGCUUCAACCCCCUUAUUUACUGCAGAAGCCCGGACUUCAGGUAUGCUUUCCAGGAGCUCCUGUGCCUCCGGCGAUCUGCCCUGAAGAUGCACGCCAAUGGAUAUUCCAACAGCAACGGGAAAAGUGACUUCAACGAGGAGGACGAUGGAUAUCAGUUGGGACAAGACAAAACGUGUGAAUUGCUGUGUGAUGGAGCGGGGCCACCUGCCAGUGAGGACUUAUUGCACUGUAAAGAGAUCCCUGGGUGUCCGGGAAUGGUGGAAAGUUGAAUGGGCUGAAGUGUCUUCCUUACCACACUGAGCUCACAAGAGCUCUGGAGAGAGAAAGCAGGAGCACAGCCAUGCUUCUCUGAGGCUGGUGAAACGGUGGGAAACUAUUGCUUUGGCAACUGACUUCAUCUCAGCCCAUCACCCAUAGUGAGUCACCCGAAGGAGAAGCUGAUGAAGGAGUGGCAGCGACCCAGGCUAGGAUCCAUCAGCGCAUCAAGCAUCUGAGGGGGAUGUAAAAGCAGGAUCUGCCCUGAAAGAGCAUCAUCUCCAGAACCAACCAUGUGAAAUUGGAUCUACUGUGGGAAGGAGAUAGCAUGGCCCAACAACACAGCACGGAAUGAGUUGAGUUUCCAUGCAGGAGGAAAAAAGACAUCUAGGGGUUUCCCUGUCAUGUCAACCUCGGAAAGCACAGUUUCAAAAGGCAAGAAAUCUCUAGGGCUGCCCUGUCCUCUCCAUUGGCCAAUUCAUGGAAAAGAAGCCAAGCUCACUGCCUCCUGGCCAGGCCAAGGGAUUGCUAGGAACAUGGCCAUGGGUUUUUGUCCACAUGCUGGCAGUGGAGUUCAGAUGAAACAGGAACGUUUUAAAGACGAGAAAGACAAGGAACACUGAAGUUUGCUUUUAUUUACUCUGUGUUUGUUUCUACAGAGGAAGAAACAGAGAAGAUGUCAUGGGUAGAAACUAAUAAAUUCCCAAUACGCCACUCAGUCCUACUCAGAUAGAAGAGGAACAUUAACAUGGGCCAAAUCUGAGGUCUUUACUCAGACAACACUCCCACAGACCCCAAGACACUGACUUCAAUGACUGUAAGGCGCUAGAAUUUGACCCCAUGUUUUUGCACUUAGCAGGGGUGGGAAGAGAGCUGCUUCACCUUUCACUUUUCAGCCCUGAUGGUCAAACAGCACUCGCCACACCCUUGGAGCCCAGUUUUCAGACCUGAGCCCCAAAUGCCAUACAAGGCUCAAAUCCCUCAUUCGGGUAUUGAAAUCAGUGCAUGGGCAAGUCAAUCCUUGUUGAAAACUGAGCUCCCUGGCUUAUUAAAUAUAUAAAAGGGUUCAAAAUGAAAAGCCCUGGUUUGGCUAUUAAGGGCUUGAUCUGGUGAGGUUCAGAGGCUGCCUAGCACUGUCCACGAGACGCUCAACCUCCACUGGCACCCAGGGGCGUUGGGUGACCAGCACCUCCCAGGAGCUCAGCAUCUCAAAAGAUCAGGAAGCCCUUCAUCUCUUUACCCAUGUUGCAAAGAAAAAGGCAGAGAGCUAGAGGUCCACGCAGCGAACCAUUGGAAAGACGAAUUCAAACAGUAGGAAAGCUGUGGUGUUCUUGCCGUUUUGGAUGGCAAAAGGAUAGUCUUGUAUGCCAAGCACCCGGCUCAGCUGAGUGAGUGCAGGAUUCUGCUUAUCAGCCUGCUUAACAGCCCCCUGAGUUCUGAGCACCAGCAGCGAUAACGGAAUUUCUCAGCUUUGCACACAGCUCUGUUUUGACAAGAAGUGUGCAGACAGGCCGGGCUUCCACCUGGAAAACCUCUCACUAACGUACAGUUGGGUUUCUUUAUUUGCUGCUUGAUGUAACACAAAAACAAGACUGCGGAGCGUUGUUGUAGAGCAGCUUCCGAACCUGUGUCUGCAAGUGGGAGCCACUGACAACUUGUGUAAUGCCGUAAGCUGGUCUUCAGCUCUAGCAAAAUAAAAGCAAGCCAUUUCGCUGCGGUAGCCUGAUGUUUAGAAAACAAGAGGCUGCAGUCUGACCUUCUUUAUCUGCUGUGCAGGAUGUGAAGAGUACAGAGCGUGUGUGUGUGUGUGUGUGUGUAUGUGUAUGUGUGUGUAAGAAAACACGUUUGUACGCUAAUUAGACUCUGGUACUUUAUAUUCUUAAUAUUGUUUUCUCAAUGCUGCCAUCUACAGCAGAAUCAAAUUUGUUUUAUAUACAGUUGCCUUGUAAGCGCCUGGUGGCCAGGUUCUCAGCUGCUGCGAGUUGGCAUAUUUCCACUGAAGAGGAGCUACAUCAGUUGGCAGCAUCUGAUGAUCUGGCUCAGUAUCUCCAACGUGCCCUACACUACUAUACAGUAUAGUGCAGCUGGUUAGAUGCUGGGUGCGAAGUGACUCUGUAGGCAAAUGGGGUAGGCAUUCUCUUCUCCUCAACAGCUCACCCUCAGCCUAGGCCAUUCAAACCGGUGUGACUGAAUGAGGCCAUGAACCUCACUUCUUUAUCCCUUAGCACACUUUCCCGUGAAUUCUUAUGCUGGAGAGAGAACUCUGGGCCUGACUCUGUUAACGUUUGAGGACUGUCCUUUUACAGAACAAAGCCUAGGAGUCAUUACAGUGACUGAUUAGUCAUGGAGUCUCUCUUAGAAAUGGUACCAUGAGUUUUCUCUUCAGGCCAAAGAGCAACACAGGAUCCUUUCAGUUACUUUUCCUGCUAAUACUCUCUUGUGUGGGCGUGGCAGCAGCUGACAGUAACUAAAAUGGACACAGUCUCACUGGUAGCUCACAAACACGCCCCCAAAGUCAUCUAUGAUCUGUUUACCGCCAAUUGCUUCCUCACAGAGUCAUAGGAGAUGGAAGAAAUCUCUUAGACGCUAUCCCGUCCAUCUGCUGAGGCCCUACAGGUUUGUUCCCUAUGUUACAUUUGCUAGCGGCUUGUCAAGUCUAUUUUUAAAUGCUUCAGCCAAUGGGGCUUUCACCACUUCCCUUGGGAGACCAUUCCACAGCCAAGGUCAGAAAGCUUCUACUAAUAUCACACCUACACCUGGUCAUACCUUUCAAGUCCAUGUCACUCAUUAUCAUGUCUAAGGGAAGAUGUCCCUUUUCCAAGCACUGCCCCUUUAACUCUUUUAAUCUUUCCUCACAGAUCAGUCUCUCCAGCUCCCUGAUGGUUGCUAUUCUCUAAACUCCUUCUAAUUUGACAUACAAAUAGGCUGAUUCAAUUUUGACUCCAGCUGCGAGGAGUUUGUGACAGAGCCUUUUUCAAAUUAGCUCUAGAAGCAAUGCCUGAAGCACUAGCCGCACACGGAUAGCUCCCCAGUAGCAUGUGUGAGGCUGACCUUGCCCUCACCACCCGGGAAGAUUGAACACAGGUUUCACAAUGAGGGGUCAGACAGCUACCAUGUCAUGGGACACAGGGAGAAUUUGGAACAAGUUCAGUGACAAGUCCUAGUUUAUCCAGGAGGGGACUAAAUCCUGCUGAAGACAGGAUAGGACCAAAUCUCCAUCCCAAAGUAAUCCAGCUCCCACAAAUUCAAACUGGGUAGUGGAGGCGUGGGCAGCACCAUUUAGCAGCUUGUGUGACUGCAUUGACCCGUGGCUCUUGGGAAGAGGGUUUUUUAAGACCAGUUGUGGGCAUACGGGCACAGUUUAUUCUGGUGCCACCUUGGCUGAUGCCACAGUUCAUGUUGAGAGCGCCAUUGUAUACUGCUCAACCCACAGAAGCACAUGUGCCUUGUAGGCAUGCAGAAUAAAGCUGCACAUAAGCAUAGUGAAUGCACGUGGCAGGCUUGCAGAGGGAGUCUUUGUACGCUGCAUUUAUUGUGAGUGCUAUUGUGAACCUGACGUCCUCUGUUCUCUCCAGAGAACAAAUUGUUCUCACAAAUAAAGUCAGAAAUGCCCUGUUCCUUUAUCCUGAAUUUUCACUGUACACCAAAAGUUGUGGUGGAUCAGAGAAGGGACUCUCGUCAGAUUGAAGAGAACAGAAAGGAGCACAGUCACACUGGAGUUUGUGGCAGCAUGAUAGAGGAGAGGAGAGGAGAGGAGAGAGAGGCAGGGUUUGCAGGCUGCCUUUCAGGUGGGCACCAAAACUCCAGUCCAAAAGUCGCCUGUCAAAUGCAUCUGGUGAGAAAUGUUUCAGUAGCACUUUAGAGUCUAUGCUGCGGUCAUAGAGAAAAGACCUCAUUGGUACGUGACUAAUGGUCUCUGCCCCAAAGUCAAAUAAGUAAAGGCUGUGCUGGUAUCAAAGGCUGUGCCUUUUAGGGCUCAGCUUCCCAGACAGAGUCUGGCCAGGGCACUGUGAAUCUCUUGUUAUACACAGCAGGGGUGGAUGUAGCUUCCUGAUUCAGUGGGUUCACUAAACUAAACUGCCAAUGGGUCACUGACCACCUGCAGCAGCACCUCUGCCCUGGCAUCGCAACCCUAAGCCUGUCUGGUGCGGAGGAGUGGCCCCGGGGACCCCAUGACAAAGGGGAAACUGGGCCAAACCUGAGCAGCACUGUGACCCCAUGCACCAGGUCACAAUGCCUGGAUGGAGGAGCCGGACCCAGCCCUGUGGGACAGAGAUGAAUGCAGGGUGGGCUCACUUUCCAACACCCAACUGCCCGGGGCUUCCCCUCCACACCAGGCUGGGAGAAGUCUAUGUCUGCUUGGUUUUGCACCCUUGGUUCCAUGAUUUCUGUAGGUUCAGUUGAACCCAUGAAACCCCCUUAAAGCUACCCCAGCACAUAGCCAGCUGGAACCAGACACAAAAUUAAGCAGAUCUCUUGCAAGCAUCUUAAGCGCUGAGUCCCAUAUUUUUAAAAGUAUUUAGGCUUUGUGGGGCUAGGUCAACAGGAUUUAGGCUCCCAAGUGCCUAAAUCACUUUUGAAAAGGAGACGUAGGUGUUGGAUCACUGAGUGCAGCCACACCCCAAUGCCUCUAAAAGUCUGAGCCUGAGCGAGCACUGAACACUCCAGCUGCAAUAAAGGCAUGACAC